AUGCAUCCCAUCGGCCGAAAGCGUCGGGUCACCACCUGUGUGCCCUGCUACACCAGGAAACAGAGGUGCAACCGCCAAUACCCGUGCAACCAUUGCACCCGACGUCGACGGCCGGAGGAGUGUGUCUACCACUCCAUCAUUACUGGAGACUCCUCGAACAGUUUGCUCUUGAAGCCUACGAGAGACGGUGAGCCCCAGGAACCCCCCAAUAUCCACUUAUCACAUGGUUCUCCCAAGGCCUCUCCGGCCGAGACACAGAAUAGCUCGUCUAAUUCACGCUCAGCUCUGGCUAGAUCGUUCGGCUACUUCGAGCACAGUGAUUCUAACACAAUGGCUUUGCUAAAGAAGUGGGACUUGGAUGGCGAAGGGGACACAGACAAAAGCACCCAGGGCAUGUCAAGUGAAGUGCUACAGAAGUACUUCGUCGAUGAAUUGAACUGGAUGAAACAGAUCAUCCACCCGCCCAGCUUUCUGAUACAGUAUCAACAGUGGUGGACGAAGGAGUGGCCCCUCUCUGUGGAAGACAUCGAGUUGGCUGCUCUGAUACUUUGGAUCGGUGCCUACUCGGCGCAGUUCCUGCCCUCUCCGACCCAUACCCUUGAUCGAAUCCUGGGGCUGUCACUCUCGGACAUUCGGGACACCUGUAGUAAUCUUGGUGGUGGGCUUGCCAGAGCCUGUCUGUCUUGGCACGGGUAUGACCAUGCAGCUGGGAACGUGGCGCAGAUCGGGGCGACGGUUAUUUGCCUUGUGGUGGCAAGUCAGGUGUUUCAGUCCACUGCCGUACAUAAUCUGAAUGCGGUGCUGGAUGGGAGGGGGUAUAGAGAGGCGGAUAUUCGGAACGCGAUGGCCGGGGUGCAGAGUACGUUGUUGAAGAGCUUGAGUGGGGAGUUGAGGGAACGGGCUAUCAAGGCUAUUACGGAUGCGAUGGCGAGGGCGUUUAUUAUUCCGUUGGUUGCGGGGGCUGUUGGGGUUGUGAGUUCGUUGGGGAUGAGGAGGGAGAGGUUGUUUGUAUAG